AUGAAUGAGCAUAUAGCAAUAGCAACGCUACACGCCAUGCAGGCAAAGAGACUGGAUAGUCAUACGAACUCCACUGACUCCUUGGUGCGUCCGUCUGCGUUUAAACCCGUGGUGCCCAAGAGUAGCUUCCACUCCAUGCAGAAUCUGGCGCAGAAGGGCGCCUCAUCUGGCAACCCAGGGGAUCACGACGACGACAGCCCUGGUGGAGGGGGAGGAGGGGGCGGGGUUCCGGGGGUGAUGGGCGGCGGCAUGUCGGACUCGGGACGGAACUCUCUGACCAGCCUGCCGACGUACGCCAGCUCUGGAGGCGGUUGCUACGGCAACCCGGCGGCGCCGGUGCUCGGACCCCUCAGCGCCUCCACCAGCCACAUCAACAGACUGGGGGGCGUGGGCGUUGCCGGUGGUUACCAGAACGGCUUGAGUGCGUCUGACAGCGGCCGCUCCUCCUCCGGCAAGAGCUCCUCCUCCUACCAACGCCUCUGUCACCUGGGAGACGGGAACCUAGGAGACGGCCUCAACCACCUGGCCGACGCCCCCGCGCCGCUACGCCCCUCCCCCUCCUCCGAUGACAUCAUACAGGACCUAGAGGACCGCCUCUGGGAGAGGGAACAAGAGGCAUCCAAGGUGCUGCAUAUGCGUCGUAACCUGGACCAGAGCGAGGCUGCGAUGGCUCAGGUGUUUGAGGAGAAGCAGAGGGUGUGGGAACGAGAGAUGGAGGAGCUCAGACAGAACUACGCAGCCCGGCUACAGCAGGUAACGCGUCGUGCCCAGCGAUCGCAGCACACCCUACAGGGCCAGAUCACACACCUCAUGCAGGACAAGAGCAGACUACAGGAGGAGAUCGCCGCCCUGCUACAGCAGAGAGACCAGCUGGAGAGGAGGUGCCUGGACUACAGGAAGGAGCAAGCUCACAUCCUGCCCCAACUAGAGGAGACGCAGUGGGAGGUGUGUCAGAAGGCAGGUGAGAUCUCGUUGUUAAAGCAGCAGCUGCGCGACUCCCAGGCGGAGGUGGGCCAGCGCGGGGGCGAGAUGGUCGCACUACGGGGCCAGCUCAAGGAGCUCUCCGCACAGCUGAAGGAGCGCCAGGAUGCCAUCCAGGGCUUAACAGAGUCCUACAGCAGCAAGAGCAGAGAGCUGGAGAGAUGCGAAGGGGAACUGCACCGCACACUGGCAGAGGUGUCACUCUUGCGCCACAAGCUGAGUCUGUUCGAGGCGGAGAUGUUGGGGUUGAGACGAGCUCUGGGGGAGAUCAACGCCAGUGGGGGAGGGGGCCGCUCCGAAUCCCUGCCCCCUCCCAUGGGCAGUGUGGUGGGCGUCGGCUCCCUUCUCUCGCCCUCCUCCUCCUCCGUAUCGGGAGUCGUGUGUGUUCCCUCCAGUCCUGCGGAGGCACUGCUGAGCCUACAGAGCGACGAGGCCAAGCAGGGUGUCCUGGCGGCCGGAGAGCUGAGGAGGCAACUGGAGAGACUACAGGGAGAGCUGGAGGAGGAGAGACAGCACCGGGAGAGACAAGCCAUCACCUUCAAACAGGAGCGUGAUACGUGGCAGGAUGAGAAAGAGCGUGUCUUGCAGUACCAGGCGCAGCUGCAGCUGAGCUACGUGGAGAUGCUGCAGAAGAACCAGGCGCUGGAGCAGCGGGUCGACCGCCUCCACACCGGCACCGAACCGGAACCGGAUGCCCCCAUGUCUCUCUCCCUCUCCCUGCCCCCCCCUCCUCCCCUGCCCCCCCCUGACGACCCCAAACUGCCCCCCCUCCACCAGCUGGCACCCCCCUGGCCUCUGCACACGCGCCUCGAGAGGAUCGAGUCCACAGAGAUAUAG